GGUUACUCUUUCUUUCUCUUUCUUUUUAUCUCAUCUUUUCUCUUUCAUUAAAGUUUUAAUCAACUGGUGAUUUCCAAUUCCAGUCUCGAUUAAAUCACUUACAAUCAAGAACAAAAAGGAAACCAAAUCAUCGAGCAAUCAAAUCUUAAAAUAUGAACAAAUUAAAACCAAUUCUUUUUUGGUGUAAACAAAUCAACUCUUUUUGUGUAACCGGUAAAUCUGAUUGUGAUCAACUUGAUGGACAAUUAAGUUGAUAAGACUGGAAAACUACAAAGUAAUGUCUUUAUUUAUAGUCGAUCAAUUGAAAGAAUUGAAACUAAUCAUCAUUGCUAAUGUAAAAUAUUGUGAAAUUAAGUUAAACAAGCAAUGAACCAAAGACAAUUGUAGAUUGAAAAGUUACCAAAGUGUUGUGAUUUUUUCCCUACUGGAUGGAUGAGGUUACUUAAUCAUCACACUUCUCGUCACCAAACCCAAACCCAAACCCAAAACCACAAUUGUCACCAAGAAGAUCAUAAUAAUCAUCUUGAUCCCUCUUCUAAUCAUCAAAAACAUCAACAUUUCAGAGAACCAAUAACCAUAGGAAUGAACGAGGAUAGCGGACGAAACUCAUCUGACUACAUUGUCCAUCAUUUUAACUCUCAAAAUGCUAAAAAAAUAGCCACCAUUUUAGUUAUAUCUCUUAUACUUUACCAUUCAGUUUUACAUAUUGGUUAUGGAAUCAACUCUUGCAAGUGGCUACUUAGUGAUGGACGACUUCAAGGUUACAGAGAGUGGCAGCCCUAUGGGUGUAUGCUCCAUACGUACAGUAAAAUGGACAGUAGAGUUUGUCUUCGAUACAUUGCUUACUGGGGUGGACAGAAUUAUAUUGUUUUUAUUGGUGAUUCUCGUAUUCGACAGUUAUAUUAUGCCUUCAUUAACUUAAUCAAUCCCAAUUUGGAUACACCAAUUGUUGAUAGUCCAGUUCACCACGAUAUGAAAGUGGAAGAAAAAGAUUUACAUUUAAAGGUUGAAUUUUUAUGGAGACCAGUGAUUAAUGAAUCAAUGUUCACCUCUUACCAAAAUUGGCUUAACUCUGAUAUUUCAACUCGACCCGAGGUUGUUGUAACAGGAAGUGGAACCUGGACAAUUAAGUCAAGUAAUGCUAGUCUUAAAGCCUUGGAAAAUUACAAGACCAAUUUAACCCGAUUGUUACCCUACAUGGACCGAAUGGGCUGUGAAUUGUUUUGGGUCCUUCAAGAUCCAGUUAAUCCUGAGAAACUUGAUCCAAGUCGUUCAAUGAUCUCCAAUGAGCAAAUAGAUUUAUACAAUAAAGCAGCAAUUAACGUUCUUAAAUAUACAACCUCACCCAAGGUACACAUUUGGUCAUCUGCACGUCUAGUAUCCCAAGGCUAUUCGGACGACCAAAAAGAUGGACUUCACAUGGGACAAACAGCGCUCAAUUAUGCUGUUCAAAUAUUACUGAACAUGUAUUGUAACGAUCAGAUGAAUCAUAAUGAUGGAACCUGUUGCUCUGAUCCUGAAUCGAUUACCAAUAUUCAAAUAUUAACAUUUUCAUUUAUUCUGGUCUGUAGUAUACUUGCUGUUACCUCGGUGGUUCAUCGAUUUCUAACUUCUCACUCUCGUCGACGUUGGCAACCCUUAAUUGACCAAGAAGAGAUUGAAUUGAUGGACAAGGGUCAUGAAAACAAUGGUAAUGGUAACUCAUUACCACCAGUCGCUUCUUCUUCCUCAUCAACACCACCCAAAAUUCAUUCAUCUUCAAAUCGCUUAAAAGAGAUGGAGAAAUCAUAUCAUGAACUUCUUACCUCUCUGGCCAAGUUCGGAAUUUUAAUGGCCUUUUUUUUCCUCUGUGAUAGAACCAAUUUUUUCAUGAAAGAGAACAAGUAUUAUACGCACACCUCUUUCUUUUUACCAGUAGCCUACGUAUUUGCUCUCGGCCUUUUUUUCACCGAAGAGUCAAGGUACACAUAUGUACUUCAUCGAGAUCAAACCGACGAGUGGAAAGGCUACAUGCAACUUAUCGUUCUGAUCUACCAUAUGACCGGUGCGAGUCAAAUUCUCUCAAUAUAUUUUCUCAUUCGCUCCAUGGUGGCUGCUUAUCUCUUUCUCAGUGGCUAUGGACAUUUCACUUAUUUUUGGCAUACAGGGGAUUUCAGUUUCCAACGAGUUUGGAAGGUUUUGUUUCGUUUAAACAUCUUGGUGGUUUUCUUGUGCUUAAUGAUGAGUCGUCCAUACCAAUUUUAUUAUUUCGUGCCAUUGAUUACUUUUUGGUUUAUAAUUAUUUAUGCAACAAUGAGUAGCUUCCCGCAAGUUACCAGCAGUUCAGCUGAAGUCAAUCCAAUUCAUCAUCUUUACUUGAUUCUCAAAUUUGUGGCUUUACUGAUCGUAAUAUCAGUACUUUAUAUGUCAGAGGUUUUCUUUGAAAAAAUAUUUCUCACUCGCCCAUGGAAAGCAUUAUUCGUAACCACCGAUGAUUCAAUCAAGGAAUGGGAAUUUCGUUGGAAACUUGAUAGAUAUGCUGUUCCGGCUGGGAUGCUUUUUGGUUAUUUCUAUUAUCUUCUUAAACACUUUCACAUAUUGGAUGAUAAAAAUCAUGGCAAUCUAUUUUCAAGAGGAAUUAGUUUAAUCGUAACUGCUUCAUCAUUACUUGGAAUAAUUGGUUAUGCAAGUUUUGCUUUUCUAUGUCACAAUAAGGAAGAAUGCAAUGUUAUCCAUGCUUACAUUUCCUUUAUUCCGGUUGUAUCUUACAUUUCACUUCGGAAUAUUUCUGGUCUUUUAAGGUCUCGAUAUAGUAUAUUUUUUGCCUGGUUUGGUCGCAUAUCUUUAGAGCUUUUCAUCUGUCAAUAUCAUAUAUGGUUAGCAGCGGAUACACAUGGAGUUCUGGUUCUGAUUCCAAGUUUUCCCGUACUUAAUGUCAUCGUCACAUCAUUUAUUUACGUGUGCAUUUCCCAUGAAAUUAACCUUUUAACACGAACUCUGGUCAAAUAUGCAAUUUCUCCCGAUUGGAGGUACAUGACGAUGAAUUUGCUCAUUUUCCUUCUCAUAUUAAUACCUCUUGGAAUUAGAGAUGGAAUGUUUUAAUCAACCCAUUCACUAUUACAUCGAAAGUUUCAAAAUUGUCAAUCAAUUCUCCUUUCAACAUAAUUGCCAUAAACAUUCCUCUUCGUUAUUAUGAUUGUUAAAAUCAUCAUCAUUCACCGUCGUUCACAAACCACAACAAAAUCAACGUAAAAACUUCACAUGUCAACAAUUUGAUAAUCUAGUCAAAAUGUUAUACUAACCACCUACUGAUAUGUUAUUACAAUUAACAAAAAAUUACUAAGACAGAUUAUUUUUUAUUAUAUAUACAAUUUACUGUAAUGACAUAACUCACACACACCAAAGUAAUAUUGUCACAAAAAGUGUUUUAUUUACUUUUUAA